AUGGGACACCGUCACCUAUGCUGCAACAAGCAGAAAGUGAAGAGGGGCCUUUGGUCACCUGAGGAAGAUGAGAAGCUCAUCAGCUACAUUUCCACCUAUGGCCAUGGCUGCUGGAGCACUGUCCCUAAACUCGCCGGGCUGCAAAGAUGCGGCAAGAGCUGCAGACUGAGAUGGAUAAAUUACCUGAGGCCUGAUCUCAAGAGAGGAAGCUUUUCCCAAUGCGAAGCAUCCCUAAUCGUCGAGCUCCACCGCAUCCUCGGCAACAGAUGGGCUCAAAUAGCAAAGCAUCUCCCGGGAAGAACAGACAAUGAGGUCAAGAAUUUCUGGAAUUCAAGCAUCAAGAAAAAGCUCAUUUCUUCGAACCAAAACAACCAUUCACAAGAUCAUAUUGUUAAAAAUCCUUACUCUCUUCCCAAUAGCGCCACCAGCAGCAGCAGCAGUGGCUCUUCUGCUGAGAAUCUGUACUUCCUGAAUCCAAACAGCAGUAACUUCAUCAUCCCAAAUCCCCAAAUGGAUCGAAUCAUCGGCUCCUCAGACUUAGACCUACCUCCAUUGCAAGAAUUUGAUCCCUUUGAUCAAUCCAGGCUGGAUCAGGUAAUGAAUUUUCAGGCACCUUUCACAGAACUGUCCUAUCCUAUAAACAUCCCACAAAACCAGCAAGGUGAUGAUUAUAACUCCGCAUUUACCUAUGAAGAUAACAGCACCAGUCAAGUUAUGAUCGGGAAUUAUAUUCAAACCCUAAUCCCCAAAUCUGUAACAACAACUUACAAUGAACAAGAAUUAGCAGCAAUGAACAAUUCCACUGUACCAUCACUCAAUCCAUCUGAAAAGGGAAUUGACUGUUUCAUACCCUUUCCAUCAUCUGUUACACAAGAGCAUCAUCCCGGGGGUGAAAUCCCCGGCCACUCAGGACUCCCAUGGAACAUAGAGGCAGAAACUGCGCCUCGGCAUCUGACUCCUCCUAUUCCAUUGGACUACAUUGAAUCCUUCAUGACACCAUUUUGA